AUGCGCACAUCAAGUAGUUACACAGCUUUCCGUGCAAGGAAAGAGCAGCCACCAGUAAAAUCGCAGUUAAAAACAUUUUUAACUUCAUUACGCUCAAAAACUCUUGGAGCGUCCACUAUUUCGGCAGGAGAAUUAAGCAACUGGUGCAGCGCAAACUCAAAUGUUCCUACUAACGAAGAUCAACCAUAUGUUUUAGAUUUUAAAAUUGAUGUUGACGACGCCGAUUUUCUGAAACAAGACCUGAAAAUUGUUUUAUCGACCAAAAGACUUCUAAAGCUGUUAGGAGAAGUGGAUAAAGUUCAAGCUGAUGCCACGUACAAACUCGUAUGGCAAGGAUAUCCAGUCCUGAUUGUAGGAACUUCAGAUAUUUGCAGAAAAUUUCAUCCGUUAGCAGUUGCAGUGUGUUUUGGCGAAGCAGAAGCUGAUUUUGCUUUUAUAUUUCAAGCAAUGAAGCAAUCGUACAUGAAUAUUCAUCAGAUGAUUUGGAAACCAAAUGUGUUACUUGCAGAUGCAAGUGUAGCAAUUACAAACGGUUUUAAAUCAGUAUUUGGGACUCCAGCUCGAAGACUUCAAUGUUUUUUUCAUGUUUUGAAAGACGUCGAUUCAGUUAUUCGCGGUAUAACAGAAAAACAGAAAUCGGAAGAGAUCUUCAUGCUUUGCAGCUCUUCAUAGACGACGAAGUGUUCAUAAUUGCUGAAAAUCUAUUUUUGAAAAAAUGGGAGUCCAAAAAUGUCACAAACCAUCA